AUGAACGAGGGCCGAUUAAAGGCUGAACAUUUGAACGCUGAACGUGCGGCCAGUAGUUCCAAGGCACCUCCAGAAGGAAAUGCUGCCGAGCAAAUUCUGGGCAAACCCCCGAAGAAUGUCGGUGGACUGAAGUUGUUUGGAACACAGAGUUCCAUCGACACAUCUACGAUAUCGCCCAGACUAUUCUCAGAUGCAGCGUCUCCCGAACUCCUCAACCUCUACUCCAACAUGGUCGUCCUCGCGCUGUCGCUAGAGCCGCACGGACCGCCUCACUACUCAGAUAACUUGCGCGGCUUCGACAGCGCUUCCAGCGCGUACGCUCGAUCGUCGGCCUUGAAGCGGCUGUAUGCCCCACCAGGCGGAUAG